AUGGCAGUACAUGACAAGGAGUUCCUUCAAUGGCCCAGGCCUAUGAGGGCAGAAGCAAAUCAGCGAGAUCCUGAAAAAUACUGUCAGUAUCAUCGUACACACGGCCAUGACACCAACAACUGCUACCAGCUGAUAAGUGAGAUCGAAAGGCUGAUUAAAAGGGGCCACUUAUGGAACUUUGUGAAGAAACCAGAAGGAGAAAGGCCCCAGCCGAAUCCUACAGCAGAGAGGCCCCGGAGAGCUAGAGCAGGACCGGUGAAUGAUGGCUCCAGUGGAACCAUCAACAUGAUCGUUGGGGGAACCGGAGGUCGGAUGAGCCGAAGGGGAAAGAAGAGAGGUCGAGAUGGGGAAAGCAGCAGCGCCGAGGUCAUGCAGGUAGUUGAGCACUCUCCAGUGACCAUCACCUUCUCUCCAGAGGAUGCCCAGGGUGUUCAGAUGCCUCACGACAACGCCCUUGUUAUUGAAGCCGUCAUCCACAACUAUCGAGUUAAGAAGAUCUUGGUGGAUGACGGAAGUAAGGUGAAUUUGCUACCGUACAAGGUCUUCCAGCAGAUGGGAAUCCCUGAAGAGCAGUUGGUUCGGGACCAGGCCCCGGUCAAAGGGAUCGGAGGAGUCCCAGUGCCUGUAGAGGGGAAAGUGAAGCUAACUCUCACUCUAGGAGAAGCGCCCAGGACUCGCACUCACUAUACGGUGUUCUUAGUAGUCAAACUCCCCCUGAGCUACAACGCAAUAUUGGGAAGACCUGCGCUAUUUGACUUUAAGGCCGUAACCAGCAUUAGAUAUCUGGCCAUGAAAUUCCCAACAGAAGCAGGGGUGGGAGUAGUCAGAGGAAGCCAGGAAGAGGCAAGAGCAGUGUACCUGGCCACGGUAUCAGAACCGAGCUCGGCAGGAGAAAAGCUUGACUCGAAAGUUCUAGAGGUCCGAGAUGAGAAAAAAGAGGCCAGAACAGAGCAGGUCGGAGAGCUGGAGACUUUUCCCUUAUCAGAAGCAGAGACAGAUAAGGUCUUCAGUCUUAACGCCGGCCUCACUGGAAAGCAGAAAACUGAAGUAAUGGCUCUGAUCUGA